AUGGACAGUAGAUGGAUAUUCCACAUAGUGUUCUUGUCCUUAUUUGGGCUAUUCGAUUCUCUGCCAGAUUCUGAAUCCAUCGACUCAAUUUCUCAUGCUUUUGUCCAAACGGAUUCAGAAUUACACUAUUUUCGGGACACAUCCACCAAAGAAUUGUUGAAUUUGGUGAAACCGUAAGUUACUAUAUGCUUAUUUGUUACCGCAUUUAGUGCUGAUAUUAAGAAGGAACCACCUGGAGUACCAUUGAAGUUGGUACCGCCUAAAAUAGACUUCGAAACGGGUCAGUUGGGCAUACCUAGACGGCGUCAAGUGGUUAUUCUCAACAAUAACGACUUUGAAGUCAGUCUUAAGGCGAUUCUGUCGUCGUCACAAGAUGUUUACUAUACGUUUCCAACUAACAAAGUGAGUUCCAGUUUUUUUUAUUCGUUUAAAGUUAAAAAGGAUAUAUUACACAACAAAUUAAUACCUAAAAACUUUUAAAUGUUUUAAUCAUAAAAAUUUUUUUCUUAAAAAAUGCAAGUCUCAAGAUUGGUAUUAUUGUUUUUAGAUAAUACCGCCACACAAGAACACCACAAUAACAGUGACAUUUCUGCCGCGACAUGAAGGACAUGUAGAACUGUCAGUGCAGAUAUACAACAGCCACUCAACAGUCGAGCUCCAGGUCCAAGGAACAACAAAAAGCAGUGAAUAUCGUCUCAAACACGAGAUAAUAUGCAUCUUGCCUUUCAAGGGCUCUUUGGACUACCCUUUACUACUACACAAUCCUCAUGCUUCGAGAAUGAAGGUCACCAAAAUCAUAUCAAGUGAUAAGUCAGUGGUAGUGUCAUUGAAUGAAGCCACUAACGAUACAGUAAGUGGAGUUUCUUGUUUAUAUUGUAGUUUAGGAUUUGAUUCCAUACGAAUCUCGGAAGAUCGGCGACAUAAGCGUUGUAGGUAGUGAGAUCAAGAACACUACAGUAUUUGUAAUGAUAAGGGCCGAGAUCUUACCGUAUGAAGAAGGUUCUGUGUCCAGCGAUGUCAGCCUGGUUAUAUCUAUUGAUGUAGAAGUGACAGAGAGACUUGGCAUCUUCUCAACGGUAGAUGUGAUCGACUUUGGACUCAUAAAGUACGGAGACAAGUCGGAAAGAAAGGUGUUCGAAGGCUUCACGAAUGUUGACAAUGGCCUCGAGGUGGAGCAGAUAUACGUGGUAAAGAACUACCAUCCGAACUACGGCCUCUACAUGCAGUAUGCUUCGAAACCGCCUAUUUCUGUACCUGGAGGGGGAAGAAGUGAUCCCGGGAAACCUGUUCCAAUUGCCAAUGUUCAUCUUGAUACAAAUUACUUUACUUUGAAUGCUACACAACAGCUUCACAGAGUCACAGGAGAAAUUGUAGCCGAAAGUCGAGGUGGCAACUACAAUGUUACCGUCAAAUUCAAAGCAUUGAUUGCCACCGGGUAAGUUUUUAUAAUGCUUAAAGGUUUUUUUCAAAAGUUAAUUUAUUUUAACUGUUAUUUAUUUUAUGUUGUAACGAUUAUCUGUUUUAUAGAGGUAUAUCACAAGUAAUGAAAGACUCGUCGUUCUACAUUAAAUUGGAGCCUCCUAUCACGAGAGUGGUGUCAUUACACAAUGAAUACCCAUUUGGUAUUGGCAUGUGGGACGUCGAUUUGGAUGAAGACCACGAAGACAUCUUCAACGUUAAGUUGAUCAGUCCAGUGGUUGAAGUGGCACCAAACGAGACUAAACCGGUACUGGUUAUUACCUAUUUGUCGACGCCAGAUGUGCCGACUCGUAUUAAUUGUGUAGUAUCUUCAAAUGUGACUGCUUUCAAAGUACAAUUACUUGUUUUUGAAGGCAAUAUAAAGGUAAGCUAACCAGUAAAGUCUCACGUAAAUUUAAGAAUUAUACGCAAUUGUAUUGAAUUUAAAAUGUUUUACAGGUUGAUAUACCGUACUACAACCAAGUGGCAAACAAGGUCGAACUUGGUGAAGUAACCAAGAAUGAAAUACGGUCAUACUACUUCACCGUAGCCAAUCCAAAUCCCGUAGCCUUGGCCUUAAAAAGCCUAAAAGAUCCGUGGUUCGGCCACAUUUCUCUGAGUCUCUUGUACAUGGGUGAUGGUAACAAUACAAAACCGUACUCUUUGGACCCUCCAAACGUACAAUGGCAUUCAGGAAUGGACUUGUAUCUAUCAGCAUCGACCUUUAUGGUGUUUAAUAUGACUGUCCAUUCGAAUGGAAACCUGGAGGUUCCUUCUGACCUUGUUUUAAGGCUUAAAACGGAAUUCGAAGACUUUGUUUUCCCACUAGAUCUCAAGUUCACGAAUGAAUCUUUGAAGUUUGUGGACAAGACAAUUGACUUGGGAGUAUCGUUUCCUGGCAAAAUCACAAAUAAAAAUAUACGAGUAAGUGUAUAGAUGUGAUAGCCAUCACCGAUUUUAGGUAUAUUCCAACACGGAAAAACAAGUAAGAGUACUGUCUAUGUCAACGUUGACAGACGACCCGCGGUUUUCUUUCUUGGUAAACAACUCAAAAGACAUGAUAGUACCAUCGAGAAGUGUCAAGACACUUGGAGACGUUACUUUCUCUCAUGGAACCUCAUGCACAACAGAUUGUUAUUGUGGUUUCACAAUACAUAGUCCAGGUACAGUAAUAACCUAGUGACUCCAGUAAAUUACUGCAAUACAUAUUAAAAAGUUUUGUUUCAGAUGGGCAGUGGUUUACCCACGGAAUGAAGUUGCCACCGAAUUUACCGGAAAUCGACAGUUACCUGUAUCAACGUCUACGUCAGAAGUGGCACGCGAUAGUAGACAAGACUGUCAAGUCUAAGAUCAUCCUCGACACGGAUCGCUUCAAGAGUGUUGAGGUUGGGAUAAAGGCGAAGCUGAGUUGGCCAAAGCUGUUUAGCCAUCCAGUGGUCCAUUUCCCUUUGACUGCUGUCAACAAUUUUACCGUAAGUGACAAUAAAACGUUAUAUGACGCUAUUUUAUGUGACCACAGUGUUGAGAUGCUAGAGACACAGACUGUUUUCAGAUUCUGAACUUAACCUUGACUAACCCGUCAAUUCAUCCUGUGAUUGUGCAACUCCUCCCCUUAGUUAUCUACCCUGACGCUGAAGCUCUGUUAGAGUUGUUCAAAGACGAGUUUGAAUCACCUCUGAUAGAGCCAGUGGAAAUGAACGAAACCCUAAUGUUUUCCUUACGGGACACUGAGCUGUUUUCUCUAAAACCUGGCAGUCCAGUACCUGGCCUUCGAGAAGAAGUUGAACAAGUCAUAAAUCGCCAAGUUCCGCGUUUCACGUUGUCUAUGAUUCUGAAGCCGGGUAUGAAAACCAGGAUCCGGGUUGGGUUUCUACCAUCUGACUACAACUUAAGGUCAUCUCUAUUGUUAAUAAGAAACAACUUGACCGCUCUAGAGCCAGUUAUUCUGUACGGUAGAGGCUCUCGCGUCGGUCUUGAGAUUGACGGUAAAAGUCCCCGUGAUAUACAACUGAUUUUCGACAUCUUAAUGUCUCACCUAAGCGACUGCUACAAUCCAAAAAGAUUAACACACAAGUUGGGUACGAAUUUGACGGUAAAACGAACAUUCAUCCUUAAGAACACUGGAGAGUCCGAGCUGUGGAUAGUUAACAUCAGCAUUAGCGGCACUUCCUGUUCAGACCGUGGAUUCAGAGUGUUAAACUGCGACACCUUCAUCUUGUCGCCCAACGAAACAAGAACUAUUGAUGUAGCUUAUACCCCAGACUUCUUGAUGAGCGUGAAUGAAGCUACGCUCCAGAUCUACACUCAUAUGAAUGCUACUCCUUGGGUGUUUGAUCUAGUGGCUACAAUUGCACCAGAAAUGUUGGAGAUAUGUCAUGCUGCUCUUCCCAGACCUCCUUUCGAAUGGUUGAUGUACUAUGCUUGCUUGAUGGCGUUGAUGUAAGUUUAAAAUAAUUUAAAUAUGUUUUAAAACCAGUUUAUCCUAACUUACAGUAGAUUAAUAUAUCGUAUUUCAGCUUUUGUAUGAUUUGCAUUAGUGCCUGUGCAUACCUGGAAGGUGACCGUUGUCUGUCUGGGAUGCAACAUCAGCAGAUCGAAGUAAUGAACGAUUUACAUUGCGAUCCAUUACUGAAUCUACAGUCAGCUUCUGAAGAGCCUUACAGUCAAGUCAAAGGUUUCUUAUGGAGAUUGAGCAAUGUGACCAGCCGGAAGAACGAAGACAAGUUUUUGUGGGUUUACCAAAGCACUGACAAUUUCUUUUACGUUCUAUUGGCCAAGAUGUUCAACUACUUUAUUUUUAUCAGUGAACAUGUUUGGUGGGUGAUUCGAGGAGAUGUGUUCAACGAGAAACAUUCUAAAGAGGUAUUCGAUUACGAGAAACUGAAUACAACGAUUAGCUUAAUGGACGACGACAUGAAUGCAGAAAAGAAAGGGUACGACAAACCUGAUGAAGCCGAAAAUGUAAAGACUGGCAAGAACGGAGUCAGAAGACGACGGAACGCGAACAAAAAGAAGUAUCCUGAAGUCGAGAUUCAGGAGAACAACAACACAGAAAAGAACAAGCCCAAGAAAGAAAAGGCAAAGAAGCAGGAGAGCGAGAACAACAUCUACACACUCAAAACAAAGGUAGCACCGUCCGUCUCUGUCCAGACGGAUUCAACAAAAUCAUCGGAUUCGAUGCAGUGGAAGGACGAAUUUGAGAUUCCAGAUAUGAAUCGUUUUGAUCAGAGCCAGAACAACGACGAGAGCAACUCUCCUCCUCCAGAAUGGGCGGACUCCGUCAUUUCGUCAAGUAAGUCUUUUUUAUAUUUUGCUUUACAAUUUAUUUUGCUUGUAUCAAAUUACAUUAUCUUGUACUAUUUGAUUCCAGGUAAUGUGAACACAGACUUUGCUUACUAUGCUUCUCAAGCUGGUGCAUUGUUCAAUGACGAGCCAGAAGAAACCUUAUUUAACAAAGGCGACGUGGAUGAAGACAACAACAAGUGUCAUGAAAAUGAAGUUUGUAAUACAUCUUGGUUGACGCCAGAAGUCAUAGAACAACUUGUGGAGGAAUACCGACAAAAACUGAUCGAAUUAUCAGCCUCAAAUCCUGCUGCUGGCGACAUAUCUCCUCCCUUGCCUCCAAUCGUGUUAGAAUUACCUAAAGAAGAACCAGUACCCAACGUUUUGAACGGAAUUCCACCACGAAUGGACACAACAUACUUCGACAACAAUGAUAGUAACAAUGUAUACGACCAGUUACUGCAGUUCCAGCAAGAAGCACAGAGAGAAUACGACUUCCAUCGACACCUCAUGUACCAGGGAUACGCUUCUGGACAACUGGACGUGAACUUUCAAUUCCCUUGGUUUAUUCAACAACAAAAUGCCACUCAAAAUGUAGAAGAUCAAAGUAAUGACAACAAUGGAGAAUUCAAUGCAGUCGUAGGAGGAAACGAGAUCUGGCACCCCAAGAGCGGGGACAUUCAAGACUGGCCAGACUAUACCAAAUUUGAAUAA